CGAUUGAUGUGGCGAGUAGCAGAUAAGCACUUCGCGGGGAUUCUCAUACGCGGGGCCGAAAAUACGCAUAAACCUGGCGUCACACGUUGGCUUCCUCGUCGCCCUUGCCAACUGAAUUCAAUCAGGCUAUCCCGCCUUUUUGAUCCUCGUUUAUUCUUUAUUUAUUACUUUUUGUUCCGGUUUCUUGGACACCAAGAUGGGAAAUGACGACAUUCUUACCGAUGACUACGUUGCCGAGAUGCUGGCCAAGGAGGCCAAUAGUUGCUCUCUGAAAUACUCAUCCCUGGGAUUGGAGGCUUAUCGGGAGUCAAAACCGGCCAACAAGGCGAAGCCGAAUACACGAUUCCUUCGACACAUCAUCAAGGAGACUAAGAAUCACAAUGAAGCACUGCUGGCCAAGGAAGCCGCCGAGUCGCAGGCCCGGCUGAACGAACUGGCCGAGGCGGAGGAGAAGAAACGCCGAAGGUUGAGGCCUGCCGCAGGGGAUGUACGACGCCGUCAACUUGGGGAUAUCGCAGCCAUCCUGCAAGGGAGGAAACGGAAGCGCGGAGAGGGGGAGGCAAAACGCUCGCAGGAUUCGACCGCCGGGGACAGAAAGCAGAAGGAUCUUGGUGAGAAACCGGGCAAUGGUGACAGGGGCAGAGGUUCAGCCUCCGACGGUGGUUCUAGGCGGGAUAAGGAACCAGGGAGACAUCACAAGGACCGCCGGCGCGAGGAAUCCGACGAGGACGGGAGGAGGAGGCGGCGGAGAAGGAGCCACGAUCAGGACAGAUCACGGUCGCCGGGCUAUCGUGAGCGGAGGCAUCGGCACCGUUCGCCUCUCGAUGACGACAAAGACGAUUCAAAGCAUAGGUCAGGUGGUAGGAGGCACGACCGGUCAACACGCCGGAGGAAUGGGAGCGCAUCGCCCCACGACAAGAAGCGGAGCCGGAAGACGGAGGAGGAAGACUCGGAUCCCCUGGAAGAUUUGAUCGGCCCACGGCCUCCGUCACAGCCGGUAGUGCGUCCAAGAGGCCGCGGGGUUGCAUCCGGGGGCUCGGCAAUGGACGGCCGGUUCUCGGACUCGUACGACCCGAAAUCCGACGUGCAGCUCGACCCAGACGAGGCAGACGACUGGGACGAGGCCCUGGAGGCGUUGCGCGAUCGCCAGAAGUGGAAACAGCAAGGGGCAGACAGGCUCCGUGCGGCGGGUUUCACGGAGGAACAGGUCAAGAAGUGGGAGAAUGGCGAUGAGAAAAACGUGCAAGACGUCCGAUGGGCCAAGGCUGGCGAGGGCCGGGAAUGGGACAGGGGAAAGUCACCCGUGCCGAGGUGAAAAGGAAGGCAUCGCUGGUUGUUAUCUUGUUGCUUGGGUAUUCCAUGUUCCAUCCUUGUGUCCAAAAG